AUGCUAUCCCCAGAUCAAGAAUUCUCCGGGGAUGGUAUUGGAGCCAUUUCUUCAAUCCCUUACCACACUGUCUUCCGUGCCGUGAAAAGAUUCUUCAUCGUCAAGUGGACCCAUGAACGCAUCAAAGCCAUCGUGGGACAAAUCAACACUUAUGUCUUCAACAAUGUUGCUCAGGCAGAGGAGGACUAUACCUCAGGCCAGCCUAAAGACAUGGUUGAUUGUGUCAUGGCAGCAUUGGACAAUUCAGAUAGCAGUUUGGAUGAAGACCCCAUUGGCCCUGACAGCCUUCAUGUGCACUAUCCUACCAUUGUUGAACCAAGUUCUUUGACUGCAUCCUCAGGCUCAAAUACUGUUGCGGUAGCUUCUCCCCUGCAACAUGAACCCCCCCUGCCUUCUGAUGUCAUGCCAUCAAUCUCAACUCAGGGUGCGGUACUCAAUCCUGGAUCAAGUGCUACAAGUUCAGAGUCUGCCUUAGCUGCUACAGUGACAGCAGCACCCCAUCUGAAGCCAGCUAUUGAAAGCUCAGUGGCUGUCACUAUGAAGUCCAACAAGGGACGUCGGGGAAAAGAUCAGAAGGCUGAUUUAAAUGGGCAAGAUGUUCGCCGUUCCUCUUGUCAUACCAUCUCUACUAAAUAG